CUUAAACCCUCAUUCUCUCCUCUGCCAGACCUCUCUUUCUCUUUUCUCUUUCUUCACCAUAAACAAACCCAAAAAAAAAAAAAAAAAAAAAAGAAAAAAAGAAAAAAGAAAAAGCCCCAUGACCUUCUUGAGCAUCCACACCAUAGUCUUUCUAUGGACCUUUAUGGUCUUCCAAACUCUACCCUUCUCUUUCUCCUCCUCCAUUCACGACCUUCUUCGCUCAAAGGGCUUACCAGCAGGUCUGGUUCCCAAGGAAGUCAAAUCCUAUACCCUCUCUGAAGAUGGUUAUCUGGAAGUGUUCAUUGAUGGUCCUUGCAUGACCAAAUUCGAGAACAGGGUCGUCUUUGACAGCGUUCUGAGGGCAAACCUCAGCUAUGGAAGUCUAAUAGGAGUUGUGGGUCUGACCCAAGAAGAGCUAUUUCUAUGGCUGCCUGUGAAAGAUAUCAUUGUCGAUGAUCCAAGAUCAGGUCUCAUACUCUUUGACAUUGUGGUCGCUCACAAACAGCUCUCUUUGUCGCUCUUUGAAGACCCACCUGAUUGUAAACCCCAAGGUGCUCUGAGGAAUCAUGUGAGGAAGGAGAGGGGAUUUGAGGCUCUGAGAUAGAAAAAUGACAACCUGUUUUCAACUUUGUCUUUUUCCAACGUAAUGUAAUAUUUUUCUAUUCUAAUUUUACAUAAUAUAAAUAUAUUAAGUAGGUGGCUUUCAGAUUGGAAGUUGAAUAGGAAAACGGUAAAAUAUGUGAAAAUCUUGGGAAUCAUAAUGUUCUAAUCUUCUAACUUUUCGUUCGUCCCCUUCUUA